UCUUUUCCCUUGAAAGCGUCGGCAGUGUAUUUUGUAGCCUUGUGAGGAACAAAGCUACAAAUAAGGAACCCCCAAGGAGGGGAAUUUUAAGGGCCCCUCUCUUACUCAACCCUGUCAAAGGUGUCAAGCACAUUUUUUUGUUUGUAUUUUGUGUGUGCAGCAAAGGGUGGUGGUGCUUGUUGCGGUUGGUGGUGGGGUGCGCAGGAUAACCAGCAAAGUUGGGUGAAGGGUAGGGAGAGAGAAUCAAAGACUCCAAUUUUUUUUUUUUUAAGAAAAUAUAUAAAAAGGGAAGAGAAAAAAGAUUGGCCUUUUUAUUAACAAGAAAACAACCCAUCAUAGUUUUAAGGCCAUUUAAUUGGUUCCUCUUGGUCUUCUGUGUGCGCUAUAAAUCUUUUAUGGUUUUUGGUUACCCUUUGGGUUCUAUAGGGAGUCUUAGAAACCCACUUUGAGAUUUCUCAUUUAGUUGAAUGCUUUUGGUUAGGAAGGUUGCUGCAAUGGGGAAGGUUGUGUUGUUGUUUCUUUACAUGUUGGUGGUGGUGGUGCCUUUGGCUUUUGCUGAUUCAAGUCAGAAGCUUCAGGUUCAGAAGCAAUUGAAGAACUUGAAUAGGCCUCCUGUAAGGUCCAUCAAGAGUCCUGAUGGAGAUAUCAUUGACUGCGUCCAUGUCUCUCACCAGCCAGCUUUGGAUCACCCUGACCUCAAAAAUCACAAGAUUCAGAUGAAACCAAGUUUCCAUCCUGAAGGGCACCCUUUUGGGGAGAGCAAAGUCUCUUCAAAUUCGAAGCCUAUUACUCAGCUGUGGCACCGAAAAGGAAGGUGCCCUCAAGGAACAAUUCCUGUCAGAAGGACCUCAAAGAAUGACAUACUAAGGGCAAGCUCUAUUCAACAAUUUGGAAAGAAGAAGGUAAGGAGCUUUCCUCAGCCAAAGCCAGCAAAACCUCUACCAGACCUCAUCAGUCAGAGUGGCCACCAGCAUGCCAUAGCUUAUGUGGAGGGGGAUAAGUAUUAUGGAGCCAAGGCAACCAUAAACGUUUGGGAGCCAAAAAUUCAACAACCCAAUGAAUUUAGCCUGUCUCAAAUGUGGAUUCUAGGUGGCUCUUUUGGUCAAGAUCUCAACAGUAUUGAAGCAGGUUGGCAGGUCAGCCCUGAUUUGUAUGGAGACAACAACACUAGACUCUUCACUUAUUGGACAAGUGAUGCAUAUCAAGCUACUGGUUGUUAUAAUCUCCUUUGCUCUGGCUUUAUUCAAAUUAACAGUGAUAUAGCUCUAGGAGCAAGCAUCUCCCCUCUUUCCAAGUAUAGCUCUUCCCAAUAUGAUAUCAGCAUCCUGGUCUGGAAGGACCCCAAAGAGGGUAACUGGUGGAUGCAGUUUGGAAGUGAUCAUGUUAUGGGAUACUGGCCAGCUCCUCUAUUCUCGUACCUUUCUGACAGUGCCUCAAUGAUUGAGUGGGGAGGAGAGGUUGUGAACUCUGAAUCUGAUGGCCAACACACCUCAACUCAAAUGGGAAGCGGCCAUUUCCCUGAGGAAGGUUUUGGCAAGGCUAGUUACUUCAAGAACAUUCAGAUUGUUGAUGGUAACAACAAGCUUAGAGCUCCAAAAGAUCUUGGCACUUACACUGAGCAAGAUAGCUGCUACAAUGUUCAAACUGGCAGUGCUGGAGAUUGGGGUAACUACUUCUAUUAUGGUGGUCCUGGUAGAAACCCCAAUUGCCCUUGAUCAUUCAUGUUAAGCAAAGAAAACUGAAAAGAAAAAAAAAAAGAAGGAUGAGUAGGUGUUCUUUUUGUCUAGUUUAGCUGUUUUAGUAUCUUGUGGUACAACUUAGAGUUGUGGUGUAUAAUGAAGCUCUUGAACCUUCAAAGUCUCCAAAAAAUUGUUGGAGAAAAAGGCAGUGAGUUUCUUAGAUUUACAAGAAACAAGUUUCUUCAUUUUGUUUUCCUGUUUAUAUAUAUAUUUGUUGUUUUUGUUUGCUCCUCUCUCAGGAGCUGUGAAGGCUGAGUUGUGAAUGUGAACAGAAUAUUCUAUUAUGGUACAUGGGGAGACUGUAUUUUUUUAUUUUAAUUAUUACCAUGUUUCAUCAGUGAAAA